AAAUAUUCGCGCUUUGCUUUUAGGCCAUUUUGACUGGAAAGCAUUUUCGCCGCUGCUGCCAUCAUUAGUCCAAGCCUGUCAAAUGUUUCGUUCAGCAGCGCGAUGCUCGUUGUUGUUGCAUAGGCCAGCAUUGCAAUUGUUGAGCGGCGCUGCGGGCUCAGCGGUGGGCGGUGUCGGGCCGACCAUCAUCGGCAGCAGUGCCACGCCUCUCGCGGGCUCGACCGGGAGACCCUCUAGCGCCCUGUCCGCGAUUUGCGGUAACCUGCCUGCGGGGCUGGCGAACAACCUUUUGUCUCAGGCACGAUGCUUUGCCCUCAUUGGGAUGGAAGAUGACGAUGGUUUGUGAGCUGGCCAACACCAUAACUGGGCAUCAGGUGUGUGUAUGUGUUUGUGCAUAUUCCCAGAACGGAGCCUCCCAUGAGCCUUGGAAGUGGUGAGCGGCUACAAACCAUCGCUGCCAGGGCGGAGACAUGGGUGUCUCGCAUGCUGGUGCGGAGCGAGCAGGAGAGCUGAGGCGCCAGGGGUGUGGAGUGAAAGCAGAGCUUCGGCGCAGCAGGGCUGGCAGAAUACUGCGCAAGCAUCACGACGGGCUCGGCUGGCCUUGGAGCCACAGGUAGAGCGUCAGGGAGCGCUUGCUGUAGUGGCUUGAGCUGGCCUCUUGUUCUGGCCAUCAUCUGGAGGAUGACUGUUCAUGGCCAGGAGCUUUGAUGUACUGAGGUUAGAUGGAUGCAUGAUGGUAAUGUGCAAUCUUGAGGUUUGGGGUUUACCCGACCGCGUCAGGCACAUGCCUUAGGGCUGUGCAGAUUUGCAGGUGGCCCAUCCAGGUGCCGUAGCUCAGGCCCGCACACAAAAUUGUUAAUGGGCCACAAGGUUUCAAGCCCGUCGACUCGGUUUUGGUAGGAGCAUGGGGUCAGGGCUGCAGGAUGCGGCGAGUGCGAGAGGCCUUGGAUGCCUAUCGCCUCGGAUGCCCCCGGUCGGCUGAACAAUGACGCGAGGUGGGCUGUAGCGGAGAACUGCGGUUUGGAAAUCCCACUCUGACAUUCAUGUCAUGGAUAUAUACUGCACAAAGCAGCAUGCACGCCAUGAGGGGCGGUGUUGAGGAAAGGACUCGAUGGAGGCAACAGAACAGAGCUCCCUUGCAUGUGGUGGCAGGUAGGGGCAGGUACAGGCACGUUAUGUUAAUGACGAGUGUGGUGGGAACGAAUGCGUACGUAGACCACAGCGGACGGCGGAGUGGGCGUGCGCGCUGGUGUACUGUGCUGUGCAAUUUCGCGCUGGGAUGCUGUGGAAAUUUCCUGGGAUGUGAUGGUACUGAUGUUGGGGCGUAAGGUUGGCGGUUGUGCGGGGUCGCACGGCGGGGGUACGGCGUCAUGCACAACCAUGGCGUCCAGUCCGUGUGGUGG